CGACGCCACCUUUCAACUUUUCCUUCCCUCCGAACACAAUUAUUUCUCUAUACUUCUCGUUGUAGCUGUUCCUCAGAAACUCUGAACCACCCUACUUUCUUGGCAUUAUUCAUCAAGAGAUUGAAACCAACCCCUCAUGGUAUUCAACUGACAUGCUCAAUUGCUUGGCAGUGGAAAUACAUUCCACCUUCGCUACUCUCGCGCCUCUAGAUCUUUCUUAAUGAUGGCAUUAUAAAGCAAUGAAGAUCGAACAUCUCAGAUUGUGGAGUCAAAUUUUGUGCAUACUGCUGUCAUCUGUUAGUAGUUCCUGAUCGUUCCUGAGACUCAGUUAACAUCAGUAAGGUUAUAUUCUUUGAUGCCGGGUAAAUAAAGCAUAUAUAAAAUAAAGCGACUUUUUGGAUAAUUAGCUGAGAGACAAGGGAGUCAAUAAUAGUUCAAACAACCAUGAAACAAUAAAACUGGCGCACGUGUCUUUAUUUAUUUUAAAUUGUCAAACAAUAACUGGUAACUUUCAGAGUUGCAGGAAAGUUCGACAAUUUUUUAAUAUACUGAUUUUGUAAUAUGUGGCACUUUAUGACUGAUAUGUUUAUUUAGUAUUUGAAAUUAGAUGUAAUUGUCAUACUCUAUGAAAAUGAGUAGUUUGAGCAUCAUUUCUCCGCUGCAGAAGAAUCCAUUAAUACUGGCACGUACCACAUUUAUAAUAUUUUUUAUAAUUGUUGGAAUAUUAUUUUUGUACCUUAAUCAAGUGCAACCUUAUUAUUUUAUUGAUGAAGUGUUUCAUAUCCCACAAACAUUAAAAUACUGCAGUGGCAAAUUUUUUGAGUGGGAUUCCAAGAUUACGACUUUACCUGGAUUGUACUUAGUGGCAACUGCAAUAUUGGCACCUUUUGGCCUAUGCAAUAUAAUAUGCAUACGAUGCAUAAAUUUUGUAACUACUAUUGUCAAUGUUUAUUUAUUGUUUGAGAUCAUUCAGACAACUAAUAAGACUAAGAGCAGAAGUGGCAUAAAGAAACCAUGGAUACAGCUUACAUCUGCUUAUGCGAUCGGAUUAUUUCCUCCACUGUUUUUCUGGUUCUUCUUAUUCUACACAGAUGUUGUGUCUGUUAAUAUGGUUCUGUUAAUGAUGUUGUUCCAUGCGCAAGGACAUAUCUCGAUAUCAGUGUUUUUUGGAGCAUUGGCCAUACUUAUGAGACAAACAAAUGUUAUCUGGGUAGCAUUCCUUGGCAUUGAACGUAUCUUAGAUAUUUUAGAAGCUGAGAAUCCUAUUCCAGUUCAUACCAAGAAUACUCCUAAUUCUGUAAUUAUACUUUGGAGGAAUCUAAUAAAACAAAUACGACAGGGGCCAUGGUCCUUUUCAAAAUUUAUUUUUCGGAUAUUUAUUUCUAUAUUUCCGUAUAUAUCUAUUGGCUUAGGAUUUCUUGCAUUUCUUAUAUGGAACAAAGGAAUUGUAGUGGGAGAUCGUACUGCUCAUAUACCAACAAUUCACAUUCCACAAAUUUUUUAUUUCUCUGUUUUCACUUUUUGUUUCGCAUGGCCUUAUAUGCUUGUGCACUGGAAGGAAUAUUUGAAAUGGCUAAGGAACCGCUGGAUCGUAGCAAGUUCAUUUUGUUUCUUAAUGAUCAUAAUAAUUCAUUUUAAUACUUUAGUUCAUCCUUACGUAUUGGCGGACAACAGGCAUUACACUUUUUACGUAUGGAAUAAAUUUGUCGGUCGUUAUAAACUACUACGGUACUUAUUAAUACCGAUAUAUGGUUUUACAAUAUAUUCAUUUUUAUCUUGUAUCAAUCAUUUACGAUUCGCAUCGCAAAUGACGUAUAUUGCAGGAGUAUCUAUGGUAUUAAUACCACAAUUAUUGUUAGAACCACGUUACUACGUUAUUCCAUAUAUUAUCUUCCGUUUGAAUAUACAGAGAAUCAAAAAAUGGCAAAUAAUAGCAGAAUUGCUUACCACAUUAAUUAUAAAUUUCUUGCAAUUUUUCAUUUUCAUUAACAAAACGUUUUACUGGGAUGAUCAAGAGCAUCCUCAAAGGAUCUCUUGGUGAUGGAACUAGUAAAAAAAAAGUAGGUAAUCACGAAAAAUCGUCAGAUAAAAAGACAAGUAUAUAACAAGAAAAAAAAAAUUUAUUCAGCACCAGACCAAACAUCAUGUAAAUAAUCGAUUGGUUAUAUUAAAAAAAAUUAAUAUUUCUAUAUGAAUAAACUGAAUUUUAUUUCUUCCACGUA